UUGUUUUUGCAUUUGUUUCCUCACCCUAUUAAAUGGCACUGACCAACAACAAUAUUCUAUAUAGUUCUAUCCUUAACACCAAGUUUCAAUCUUGUGUUUUUGAUGAGACAACUAUGGAGAUUAGCAAUGUUAUGUCUCAUGGUAUGAAUGAAGAAGAAGAAGACGGUUCACAAAGCAAUGAAUCAGCUUCAGCUUCAGCUUCUGCUUCUGCUUCUGCCACUACUCAUUCUCCUACUCUAUGUGGAAAUACCAAAAAAGGGAAUGUUUAUAACAAUACAAGUUAUGAACUUGAAGAAGAAGAGUCUUUGAUUAACUUCAAAGGUAAUGAUGAUGAGUAUUAUGAGAAUCUCAUGCAAGGUAGUGAAUCUUUGCUUAGUUUUCAGCAGAGCUGGAAUAUGGUUUCCAGUGAAAACAGUUUGCAGCAAUGGAAUCAUCUUAGUCCUAAAAGCAUCACAAACAUGUGCAUGGUUCAAGGGUUCAAUAGCUUUGAAACUUCAAGUGGAAGCUAUGGAUCCAUAUUCAAUAGUGCUAAAGAGAAGCAAAAUGGUGAAAGCUCAUGUGGGUGGCUAUACUCAGAUCCAAAUGUCCCUUGUGAUGAUGAUGAUGAUAGGUUAAUAAAAGAUUCGGAAACUCAUGAUUCGGUCGCGAAGAAGCGUUCUUCUAUGGUAAUGGGAGAGAACAUGCAACAUGCUAAUGCAAAGAAGCCAUGCACAAGUGCAAGUAAAACGGCGAAACCGAAGUCAAAUCCAUCCAAAGAUCCUCAAAGUGUUGCUGCUAAGAAUAGAAGAGAGAGAAUAAGUGAGAGACUCAAGAUCCUACAAGAACUUGUUCCCAAUGGUUCCAAGGUUGAUUUGGUUACCAUGUUGGAAAAAGCAAUUAGCUAUGUAAAGUUUCUUCAGUUGCAAGUCAAGGUGCUGGCAGCUGAUGAAUUUUGGCCAGUGAAUGGUGGAAAAGCUCCUGACAUUGGUCAAGUAAAACAAGCAAUUGAUGAAAUUCUUUCAUCUCAAAGAUGAAUUGAAGAUUAUGGAUUGAUCCAUGAAAAUAAAUGUCAUCAUAAUUCAAACUCAGCUUUGAAAACAAAAUAAGCCUUUCUCUCAAGGGAGUUUUAGAAAUUCAGAAUACAUAAACUUUUUCUAAUUUGUUAGCUUCUAAAUUCAUAUGUGUAAUAUUUACAAAGUAUCUACUUGUCUCUAAGUUGUACUUCUAUUUUGUACUACUAUGUGGUGUUGGAAAUGUUUAUGAUAAAUAUCUGACUACUCCUUAAAUAAUUAUAUUAAGAUAGUGUAUGAGAUUAUGUUGGA